UGUUAAGGCGGUAGAGCAAAAGAAAGAAACUCCCCCCUUGCAUAAAACCCACACUCUUCCCUUUUCUAUUUCUCAUUCUGCAAUCGCAAACAAUGUCAUCCCCUUUGCCUUCAUGCUUCCGUCCAUCUACCACAACCACCUCCAACCUGACCGUGUACCACACCGAAACAGGCCCCGUCUCCAUCACGUGGUCCCGCUCCAUGGUGGGACGCUCCCUCCACGUUGAGGUUCACCACGAUGACUCCUUCGACUCCCUCUCCUUCCACCUUCACAUAACACCCUUCCUCUUCUGGAAAAAACACGGCUCCAAGAAACUGGCCCCCAACACCCACCUCUUCUGGAACCUCUCCAAAGCCAAAUUCUCCUCUUCCCCAGAGCCCCUCUCCGCCUUCUACGUCGCUCUUGUAGUUCACAACCGCAUCACCCUCCUCCUGGGCGACUCCCCCAAAGAGGCCCACUCCAACUCCAAGGCCCACAGGCCCAACACCCCCCAGCUCCUCCUCCUCCAAAAGGAACACGUCUUUGCCGACACCCUCUACUCCACGCGCGCCGCUUUCGCCGGCAAGGCGCGUCUCAUCCAGAUCGACUGGGACCACUCCCGCCUCUCUUUCAUCUUCGACGGGGAGACCGUUUUCCAGAUUAAGCGCCUCAAGUGGAAGUUCAGGGGGAACCACCGUGUUCUGGUCGACGGCGUCCACGUCCAAAUCUCCUGGGACAUUUACAACUGGCUAUUCCACAACCACAACCACAACCACAACAACAACGCCCAUGCUAUCUUCAUCUUCAAGUUCCAGCACCACGAUGACCAAGAUAGCAACUGGAAUUUGGGGGCUUCGGAGUGGGCCAAAAUGGGAAAGAGUUGCUCCUCUUCUUCCACUGGAAGCUUCUCCUCCGUCUUGGAAUGGUCCAGUGUCGAGGAGAACCAACUCCUCGUUCCUGUCGGCUUUUCUCUCCUCGUUUACGCUUGGAAACGCUGAAUCCUGAAUCAAUUCAAUUCCUAUUCUUCAAGGUUACUCUGUUCGACUUUUGGAUCUCCGUAUUUCUAUACCUUCUAACUCAUUAGAAUUAGGGUUUAGUUUAGAUACAUUUCUCACACUAAUAUUUCCCCACUAACUCAUUUGUUUUCGUGGACAUACGCUUAUUCAUAGAUUUUAAAUAAAUUGGAUUAGGGUUUAUAAGCUAACAGAAUGUUAGUGGAAUCUCUUUACUAAGGAGAAACUAGUUGGGCUCUGUUCUGAAUUGUGAUUCUUUUUUUAUUUUAUUUGCACUUGGUAUCUGGUUUUAUAUCGAACUUCUUGUUGCCAUGUAAAUUCUUUUUGUAACUCAUUGUUUGCAGCUGAAUCAAAUUGAUUCAAGCGUCAUGGAAAUGAAUUGCUUUCGCUUUUUGGA